AUGCAGCAUCCCCCUACUCUUGGGAAAGCUGUGCCGCUCCCGGCACCCGUGACCUCGACGGCACGGGGUGAUCUGCGCAAGGCCUUCAAGGCACAGCCAUUGCCUGUCGUCGCGCCGGACGCACUGGCUGCAACGGCCGGCAUCGACGCAACCAGUGCCGCGCAAUCGGUGUUGGACAAGCUCAGCAGUGCAAUUUCGACUGCUGACGCUCCAGCGCUCGAGGGCUUGUUCCUGGCCCCUGGCGAGGGCGAUGCGUACUGGAAGGACCAGCUCGCACUGACGUACCACUUGCGUACCUUUCACGGGCCCCAUGCCAUUGUCAGUAGUCUGCUCGAGCUCGCAUCUGUCAGAGGCGUGACGGAGAGUUUCAAGCCUAGCGGUGACGGUCUCCUUCUCCCUGUCGGGCCAACUUUGGCGUUUAUCGAUUACCGCUUUAAAUUUACCACGGCGUCGCCUUCCACGAGCGCGAGUGGGAGGUUAAUGCUGAUCCCAGUCAAGUCUGGCGAAGCGCUGACUUGGAAGAUCUGGGUGCUCAGCACCUGGCUCGAAGCCCUGACGGGCCAUCCCGAGGACACAAACUUGUUGCAAAUCCCCAAGAAGGACCAUGAGGGCCAGUCGUCCAUCAACACAGACGUCUUCAUCAUCGGCGGCGGGAAUGCUGCGGCCACGCUCUCCGCACGCCUGAAGGCGCUCGGGGUUAGCAGCCUCAUGGCAGAACGGAACGACGUCGUCGGUGCAAAUUGGGAUCGCCGCCAUGACAACCUGAGGUUCCACGCCCCAACAUCCUUCUGCACAAUGCCCUACCUCGCCUACCCCAAGGAGUUUCAGAGCCCUUAUCUCCUUAGCAAGGCCGACCUUGCGGCCCACCUGCGGCGUUAUGUCGAGGACCUCAACCUCGACGUAAUCACGUCGGCUAGGGUCUCGCACACCGAGUACAAUCAAGUUACCAAAGAAUGGACGGUUGCAUUUUCCACGCCGGGCAGGGAAAAGAAGGCCACAGCCAAACACCUCGUCCUUGCCACCGGCGUAGGGUCGCAGGUGCCCUACAUGCCCGUCAUUGCGGACCGCGAGCUGUACAAGGGCCAGUCUCUGCACGCGAACGAGUUCAGGAACGGCGAUAAGCUCAAGGAACAAGGUGUCAAGACUGUUCUUGUAGUCGGCUCCGCGAACACGGCCUUCGACGUGGCCGAGCUCCUCCACGAGGCCGGCUGUUUCCAGACAACCAUGAACGUGCGGUCGCCUACCUACAUCUGCCCGAUCGAGCAGGUGACGGACCCGCGCUCGCUGGGCGCUUUCGACGCGGGCGUCGAGGCCGGCGAUGACAACUUCCAGACCAUCCCAUCCGUCGUUGACGCGCAGCUGGGCAAGGGACUGUUCGCCUUUCUCACUUCUCAAGACGUUGACCGGUAUAAGCCCCUUGCCGCAGCGGGGUUCCCCGUCGUGGACGGCCUGCACCCGGACGCCUCGCUCAUGCACAACCUCGUGGAGCGGGCGGGCGGGCACUACAUGGACCACGGUGGCACCAAGUUGAUUGUAGACGGGCAUGUCAAGGUCACGGCUGGGGUUGAGCCCGUGGCGUACACGAGCACGGGAGUCAAGUUCUCCGACGGCAGCACGAUGGAUGUGGAUGCCAUCAUCUGGUGUACGGGCUACAGUGACACCAAUGUCCAGGAAGUCGCGCUGGAGAUCCUGGGCGGUGGUAGCACGACCAAUGGCACUUCUGCUGGUGGCAGCGGUGACGUGCUCGGCCCUGCCGAGAUCGCGGCCCGUGUCGAGCCGACUUGGGCUGUCGAUUUGGAAGGCGAGAUCAGAGGUUUGUGGAAGAGGCACGCGCAGCUCGACGACAACUUCUGGAUUACGGGCGGGUACACAUCAUUGCACCGCUGGCACUCGCGUACCCUGGCGCUGCAGAUCAAGGCGGCGCUUGAGGGUAUCCUCCCGCCUGCGUACAGAAAGGUACCUGAGGCAUAAUAUUCGGGUGGGCGGAGAUCAAGAAGAAUAAAGCCAGAAUCUAGCAAUGAACAUCAGCUGUACAAAAUCGCCUCAUCCUUGUGUUCGACACCGCAUGAC